UCCUAUGCGAGGAGUGGCGCAAUCUCUGUGAGAUCCCAGUUAAUGCUCUCGCUCUGGGAUCGCUGGGAGAGCAAGGGCAGAGGAACCAGCACAUAGCCUAGCUUAAGCUGAAUCGCGAGUACUUUUUUCCCUCCUCCGCACCUCCUGCACCGGCUAAUGGAAGUUGCAGACAAACCCAUCAACAUCUGAGACCAAACCUGUGGUCAUCGCUCGCUCCCUUGGAAUACACCAUUUGCACCGGACACAUGGUGAGACAGAGCUGACCGCGGAGAAUAACUAUUUGUGAAAGCUUACCCAGUUGGAUUUUACCAUAAGGAAGCCAGACAAGAUAAGGUUGAUUGUCGUCUGCGUAGAAUGACCGUAACCUACAUUUAUUUUGCACUUUCAUUAAUUUUACAAUGCGUAAAAUGAAUCUGGUGGAGUUGCGUGGAUGGCUAUGUCUGUCAACACUGGCGAUAUGCAGCGACAGGUAAAGUGAAAGGAUUUAUUUUAGGCGAACUGGAGACGUUGUCUUCAAAGACAUUUGAGUUUGUAUCCGAGACCUGCAAUACCUGUUCCCGAAGUGCACGGCCUUCAGACUGACCAGCCGACACAGACAAUUGACAGAACUUGGCGAAAUGAAUUCGUUUUGAAGCUACAGGUUCACGGGAAUAAAGAAGCCUACGUCCAACCCAAGACCGUGUAGUGUACCUUCUCCACACCACAGCGAGCUACACUUCGCAUACGUCAAAUCUACCGUUUUUGCAGUUCAGCCAAGGACAACCUUUCCGAAAAAAGUGUGCAUGUAACUGGACAAAAGAUUAUGUAUCCGAUAUCGGUCGCACAUGCUCCCGAUUGAAAAGCCACAGAACCCACGAGCCAAAACGUUGAAUUACCAAGCAGUCAUCCAGCCGCUUUGAAGAACUGUACCGCGAAAUGAUGAGAAUGGCUGGAGUCGGAUGUUGGAAAUAUUACCUUUGGAUUUUUAUUGUCAUAUGCAGGUUCAUGCUGCCAUUAGCCAAAUCCCUGGAAACAAUCAUUUGGAGCACACAAAAUUCUAAGUUCCAAAAUGCCAAGGGCCUGGUCAUUUACCCCGACAUCGGAGACAAGCUUGACAUCAUCUGCCCCAAGGCGGAGGAUGGGCAGUCGUACGAGUACUACAAGCUCUACCUGGUGAAGAAGGACCAGGCCGAGUCGUGCAGCACCGUGCUGGACCCCAACGUGCUGGUCAACUGCAACAAGCCCGAGAAGGACAUCAAGUUCACCAUCAAGUUCCAGGAGUUCAGCCCCAACUACAUGGGCCUGGAGUUCAAGAGGAACAACAACUACUACAUCACGUCCACGUCCAAUGGCUCUAUGGAAGGCCUGGAGAACCGUGAGGGAGGAGUGUGUAAGACCCGUGCCAUGAAGGUCAUCAUGAAGGUCGGACAAGACCCUAACGCCAUCCUGCCGGACCCAGUGAUGACGGAUCUCCCGGGAGUGGAGGGUCCAGACGGCGGCUACAGCCCGCCCAGCCGAGACCCAGGCGCAGACAGACCGCCAGACACGGGCAACACGGACCUUGGUAACCCUAAGACCAGCGGCAAUGGCGGUGGUGGAGGUGGUGGUGGAGGUGGAGGUGGCGGCAGCAGUGGCGGAGGUAGCACCAGCAGCACCAGCGAGGGCUUCCUGGGCUCCAAGAUCGCCGUCUUCUCGGCCAUCGGCGCCGGCUGCGUCAUCUUCCUGGUGCUCAUCAUCUUCCUGGUGGUGCUCCUGAUCAAGGUGCGCAAGCGCGGACGCAAGCCGGCCCAGCCGCGGCCCGCCGCCCUCACGCUCAGCACGCUGGCCAGCCCCAAAGGAGCGGGCGGCGUGGGGGUCGUCGGGGGAGCGGGGUCCGAGCCCUCCGACAUCAUCAUCCCGCUACGGACAGAGAACAACUACUGCCCGCACUACGAGAAGGUCAGCGGCGACUACGGACACCCUGUCUACAUUGUCCAGGAGAUGCCCCCUCAGAGCCCCGCUAACAUCUACUACAAGGUGUGACGAAGAGAGAG